GUUUACGAUCUGCAGUCCCCACCAGUCCACCCAGGAAGCUACGGGGUACAUUGUUGCAUUCUACAUCUGAAGAUAGCUCUGUGUUUUACCGAAAUCUGAGGUUUUAGUGACGAUGCCUUCCAAUAAGAAGACCCUUUACUUCUUGUUGAGUGCAAAGGCCUUGGUUAUUGCCGUGGGGAUACUGGCAUUUGGGAUGUCGACAGAAUGGGCCUCGUCCACCAUGGAGUGCUCUAAGAAAGGUGACGUUUUUUUCAAUGGAACCGCCGAACUGAAGCUCGGACUUUUCAAUGGAAAAUUUAUUAGAAUCACAUGUCCAACAUUUGGAGGAGAAGACACUGUUAAAGUGUUGACCAUGCUGGGGCAGGUGGGUGGAGCUCCAGUGGUCCUCCAAGCCCUGGUCAUCUGCCUUCUGGCCCUCUGUCUGCUUGGCUCAGCUAGCAGCAUCCUCAUCACCCUCUACAACAGCGUCAGUAACCCCUAUGAGACCUACAUGGGCCCCUUGGGCCUGUACGCCUGCAGCUCAGCCAGUGCCGUCAUGUCCUUCCUGGCCAUCAUCCUGUACGUUGUGAACGUUGCAGCGACCAGGAUGAGCGAGGAUCUGGUGGAGAACAUUUUGGGGCAGAACUCAGUGGACCUAAAGAACAAGAGCGCUGAGAUGGGGGUGGGCUUCUUCAUGUUGAUCCCUUACCUGGUCCUCAACCUACUGGCCAUUCUCCUGGUGUACCUGUACGAGCAUGCAGCCUACACCCAGAGGCAAGAACAGCAGAGGCCCACAGAGGACGCGCCCAAGGAGAUCAUGAUGUACUAGGGCCUGCCAUGAGUCAGGUCAGGGUCAUUCACCUAGUUUAAAGACUGACAACUUCCUUCAGACAUAACCUUCUUAUUUAUUGUAUAAUAGAUGUGUUAUAUGAUACGAUAUGUGAUAUGAUAAUGAAGGGGAAAGCAAGAUUCAUGUACUGUAUGCUUUCAGUAGUCAAAAGGGAAUCUUCUGUAAUCAGCUUGCAUGAUCCAAAACUGCAGUGUUGAAUACUUAUAAUAAUAAUAGGAACAUUCUAAACACUGCAAUAGCAAAUGUUAUUGUUAUUUAUUUACAAAAUUUUUGUCUUGCAUACUAUAUAAACUGCUUAAAAGGAGGCAAACCCUAAACAGGCAUGUCUAUUUCAGGACGUUCACUGCCAGCAUAAAACUACCAUGUUCUAAGUUGAUCAAAUGUUUCCAUUUUGGCAUAUUAUUACAAAUGUUUAGAAAAUAAUAAUUCUGUAUUUCUAUUGUUUGAAAAUGUAUGUUUUGUAAUUUAUUGUUUCAUUUUAUGGUUUCAACCCAGCGUUGAUCUAAUGAUAUAUUAGUAGUUGUUUUUAUUAUGGUCAUUUAGAGACUGUCAGAUAGCAGGGGACAGAGGUUCUUUUACAAACACAAGAAAAAUUGUUUAGUCGUUUAGCUUUUCUAUUUUUUUUUACAAAUCUUAAUCUCAAU